UGUCCCUGUCCCGUGGGGCUGUCCCUGUCCCGUAGGUGCCCGUGUCCCACGGAUGUCCCUGUCCCGUAUAGGGUGUCACUGUCCCCGCCGCUGUCCUUGUACCACGGGUCUCCUUGUCCCCGCCGGUGUCCGUGUCCCACAGAUUUCCUUGUCCCCGUGUAGGGUGUCCCUGCCCCACGAAUGUCCGUGUCCUUUGGCUGUCCCUGGCUGUCCCUAUCCCAGCCGGUGUCCAUGUGUCCUCUGACUGUCCCUGUCCCGUUUAGGGUGUCCUUGCCCCAUGGAUGUCCGUGUCCCACGGAUGUCCCUGCCCCCGCCGAUGUCCGUUUCCCCUGGCUGUCCCUAUCCCCGCCCCCUAGCUGUCCCUGUCCCGUGUACGAUAUCCCUAUCCCCUGGCUGUCCAUGCCCCACGGGUGUCCCUGUCCCCGGGCUGUCCCUGUCCCCUGUAGUAUAUCGCUAUCCCCGCCGGUGUCCCUGUCCCACAGGUGUCCUUGGAACUUGUCCCGCUCCCCUCCCGAACUCCAUUUCCCAUCAUGCCCCGCUCCCAUUCCCGUGGCGCCGCGCACAGAUGUGACGUCACACCCCGCGCCGCGCGGUCCCUGGGGGCAGCCAUGCUGCGGGCGCUGAGGCGCUGCCGCCCGGGGUCCGUCCCGCUCCCGGAGCUCGGCCCCGGCUCCGGCCCCUUCCCGGGGCUCUGCCCCGCCUGGGACCCGCGGGCGGUGCCGGCGCGGGGCCGCAAGACCCGGCAUGACCCCCCCGCUAAGUCCAAGGUGGGCCGGGUGAAGAUGCCGCCGCCCGUGGACCCUGAGGAGCUGUUGGUGGUUCAGGAGCGGUACCGGCAGUACCGGCUGGUGCUCAGCGCCCUCCGGGCGGAGUUCAGGGCCGAGGUGCUGCAGAAGAAGCGGGAGGAGCGCCUGAUCGCCGAGGGCUUGCCGGAGGAGCUGGAGGAGCACCGGCGGCUGAUGGCCUGGAACGAGGAGGAGAACGGCCGGCAGAGGGCCCGCAGAGAGGAGAGACUCAGGAGAGAAGAGGAGGAGCAGAAGAGGAGGAAAUCAGAGAUUGCAGAGAAACAGGCCAGGAAAAUGGAGGCUUUCCUGGAGGAGAAGGAGAAGGAGGUUCUCCAGCUGCAGGAGGAAGCCAAAAACUUCAUCACCCCUGAGAACCUGGAGGCUCGGAUCGAGGAGUGCCUGGACAACCCCCGCAAUUACAACUUCGCCAUCGACAAGGACGGGCGCGUCGUCAAACGCACGGUGCUCUCCUAGCAGCCCUGGCUCUGGUGUCCAGAGCCCCCAGAACACACAGAUCCUUCCUUGGAAUGUAUAAAUUGGCCUCAGAAGUGGUGGAGAAAGGCUCUGGCUGUGCUGCCUCCAAAGGGUUAAUGCUGAGGGAAAGGGGGUGAGGGGAGCUUGGAGGCUGCAGCUCAGCCCUGUUGCUGUGCCUGUGAUCCCGCCUCCCACGUGUUUGGAUCCUUCACACACAGCAUGUGGGGGGAGCAGGAGCAGUCCUGAGGCAGAGCCUGGCUCAGCUCCUCGCUGUCAGCUCCUCUGGAUGCUUCCAAAGGCAAAGGAGGGCUGAGUGAAUUUGUAGGAAACACUGACCUUCCCUUUUUUUUUGUUAUUGAGGGAAGGAAUUAAUUAUAAUCCUGAUUUCACACUUCAAACCCUCCUUUGCACAUCCUUUGGUGUGGCUGAAUAAGAAUGUGUCUGAAUGAUCCAGGA